AUGACGGCUAAUAGCUCUGCAACCAUCAAUUACUGGCAGUGGAAGGAGCCUGGGGGCAAUAAUUCGCUCCCCGGUAGCACCCAAUCAUCGCUACCGGGAGAUGAAAACCUACCGGUGCCUCAACGCUUAAAUCGGACCGAUCUCUUACAAUAUGAUUUCUUUGGGAAGCCAGGUAUUCAUGUAAUUUUUAUGCCAAAAGUCGACGAAGAAAUUUUGAAAUUGCCAGGCAGUACUGAAUUGUGCAGGCAAUUAUCUGAGAAGUUCUUUCUUCCUGGGUUCUUUUUUGAAAGACUUGGAUGGAACGCAAAUGGCAUGUUUGGGAGUACUGAGGAUAUUUCACAAAAUGAUUCAGAUGCCAGCUAUGGUGAGAUACAUUUUGCUAAUACAAAGCCCUAUGAAGGAACUGUUUCGCGUUUUCUUUCUAAAAAGAUCAAAGAAAAGCACUCUGGGCUAAUGCCAAACCUAAAAGAUUCACACCAAGCAAAUUCCGAGUCAAUAUUUGCCCCAGAAUACGACUAUGACUGGCACUAUAUGGCCUUCUGUACCUUGUGGAGGGCAUCAUCUGUGGCUCCUACUGAAGGCAGCGGCCAGCUAAGAGCAGAUCAAUCGACUGACCAGACUAAUGUGCUUCUUUGUUUCGAUCUCGAUGAUGAUAGCACCCUCCGACUUAGGCGUCUUUUGCACAAAGCCGAUCUCAGAAACUGGAAGAACGAACCAUUCCUCAUGCUCGAGUUUGCACUCAGCAUUGUGGUAGACCAGUUCGAAGAAGAUCUCUGGAGCUUUCAAAAGCCAGUGCGAGAUAUUGAAAAGACUCGUAGCGGAAAGCUGUUUCAGGAGAAAGAUACCGGCUCAUCGGACGACAAUGACUCUUUCAAAUUCUUGGUCGAGCGAUAUACUCAACUACACGAAUUGUCGCGACAUGUGAUCCAUAUAUCCGAAACGAUGGACGCAGCUUCCAACAGUCUUAGUGCGAUAGUGCGAGACCACAAUAUGUGGACUCAGUCUGGCAUCCGUUCUUCUGCAGUCACGAGGCGUCUUUCUAAAGCACUACUACUGCAUCAGAACAUGAUCUCUAAUUUGAACUUCCGCGCCAAGGCAUUCGUUAGCCGCAUGGAUAAUGAGAUUAAGUGUGCGUCAAACUUUGUGGCAGUUGCCGAUAGUGAAAUAUCGAAGGGAAUUCUCCAGCAAACCCGGAAUGAGGGAAAGGACCUGUCAGACACUGUGGCCCUCCUAACGCUUCUCUUCCUCCCGGGAACUUUCAUCUCGGGAAUAUUCGGAAUGAAUUUCUUCACUCUCGAAGGCGACAACAACCAACCACUACAAUGGAGGGCACAUGCGAAGAUCUGGAUCUUCUUCGCUUGCACAAUUCCCAUUACAAUAUUGGGCUUUGUCGCUUUUAUGCUUGGGCUCAAUUUCCUUGAUUAUAUUCGGAAUAUCCAGAAUUACGUGCGUGAUCAGUACCGCCGAAGGAAAGUGUUAGAUCCCGAAACCGGUUCUAGGAAGUCUAGGUCGUCAAAACGGCCAUGA